UGCGGGGCGCCAUGUCAUCUGCUGGUGUUGGUCCACUGUGUUCUUAUCUAGUCCAAAGUCAACGCAGCCAUCUGCCAGGAAAUUGUGGUGCACUCCAUACCUCUAACGACAAGCUUUUUGGUGAUGCUGAUUUCAUUUUCCAACAGCCACUUGGCACCUGCCAGAAGUACCAAUGUCUGCUUGAUGGCUUUGAUUCCACUGGACGUGAUCUGUGACCAAACCCCUCUGAUCUAAAAACCCAGUCUUACACUCAGAGGGUCUCAGGUAACAUCAUCUGCCAGCUUCUCCUUCACGAUGCUGCCGCUCUGUUAUCUUACCGUCUCCUUGCUAUGGAGUCUUCCUUUCCUCUCCUCUGUGUUCCCCCUCAACUGCAAUGAGACUCAGUACGAAUGGCCGAUGCAAAAUCCCAAGAACUGCUGCAAAAAGUGUCCACCAGGUUUUCACUAUAUUUCACGGUCGCAAGAAUCUUGUGAUAUCAAGUGCGAGCCCUGCAAGGGUGAGCGAUACAUGGAUAGCUACAACCUGGAAACGACCUGCUAUGUUUGUGAUGUUUGCAAUAAGGCUAACUUUGAGAAAGUGUCCAGCUGUAAACCAACCACCAACACUGUUUGCAAGUGUAGUGUUGGCUACAGAUGCAAAGAUGGACCCUGCACAAAGUGUGAGCCUGUCCCAACGACCAUCAAAUCCACCCCACCGCCAUCAACUACAGAAGCUACUGGAUUCUCCUCAACAACCAGAACAACUAUUAAACCAAACAACCCAAUCAGAGAUACACAGUGGUACCUGGUGAUAAUUGUCCUUCUGUGUGCUGGAAUUGCACUGGUUGUAGUGACAAAAAUCAAGCCAUUUCUGCACUGGAUCCGGUCCAACCAAGGUUAUUUUCUGCCUCAAAAAGUUGUUGUAGUCUCUCCAUGCGCCGUGGACGACGACGUGUCCAAGCCGGUCCAGGAGGUGUGCGGAAAAUGUGACCACUGCAUCGAUUUAUGUAUAAAAGACUAGAUCCUGAACUUGUAUGAGUGGGUGGAAAAAAACAUAACAAAAUAUUCACCGACAUGAGAAAAACAACGCCUCCAUUGUUUCUCAGGAUGUUUAUGGCGAAUAGAGACAAACAGCUAUCCAGUUGUUAUUAUAAAGAGGACCAGAGAGGAUGUAUGGGUCAGGGACUAACGCUGUUCCCUAAGAGGAGAGAUUACAGGAUGCCUGGCUUCUGAUCACACAAAAACUAACCCUACAAGAACUUCAUUGGGAAGAUUUUCUUUCUACCAUAACUCACAGAUUGGGACACUAUAAUAGUCCUACAAGGGCUGUUUGGUCUUUUGCUAAAUGGGUAUGUACUAUAGUACACUGUACUUUAUAAGAUAAGCACACGUGAAAACACAUUUAAGGGUUUAAGCAUCAGUAAUGAGAUUCUCACUCAGCAAUAAUUGAGGUAGGUGUGUCCAAACCUGUUCCUAAGUACAUAUAUUUACAUAUAAAUAUAUAUACUGUAUAUAUGUAUAUAAAUAGACUUUGAGAGGCUGUUUGUUUUAAGAGCAGGAAUAUUAAAUGUGAAAGUUCUUUGAAAAUUUUGUUUAUUCAAAAUAAAAAAAGUCCACUUUAAA